UCUGCUGUAUAUUAGUCCGACCGCGUCCGGGGCCGGACGGUUUUUGUGGACAAGGGCAACGGUCUGGUACGAGUCGUCGGCUUGGACACUCGCCGCCACCGCCUCCACCGCUUCCUCAGAGUGACCGGCGCAGGAUCAGUGCACCUCCCGGACAUGGAGACUGUUGUUCGCCGCUGCCCAUUCCUGUCCCGAGUGCCUCAGGCCUUUCUGCAGAAGGCAGGCAAAUCUCUGUUGAUCUAUGCGCAGAGCUGCCCCAAGAUGAUGGAGGUCGGGGCCAAACCAGCCCCCCGGGCUCUGUCCACCACAGCAGUGCACUGCCAGCAGGUCCGGGAGACCCCUCCGGCUAGUGAGAAAGACAAAACGGCAAACGCCGAGGCCCAGGCAGCCCCGGGUGGAUCCCAGCAGGCUCCAGAUGGCACGCAGCGCCCUGCCGGACACCCGUCGGCAGCCACGGGCCAGGGGGCCGCCAGCAAAUGCCCAUUCCUGGCAGCCCAGAUGAGCCAGCGGGGCAGCAGCGUGGUCCGCGAAGCCAGCCUGGAGCUGCAGGAAGACGUGCAGGAGAUGCGCGCCGUGAGGGAAGAGGUUGCCCAAACCUCAGUGAACCCCAGCGUGAUCAGCGUGAAGACCGAUGGAGGAGAGCCGAGUGGUUUGUUGAAGAACUUCCAGGACAUCAUGCGAAAGCAGAGACCAGAGAGAGUGUCCCAUCUGCUCCAGGAUAACUUGCCAAAGUCUGUUUCCACUUUCCAGUAUGACCGUUUCUUUGAGAAGAAAAUUGAUGAGAAAAAAAACGACCAUACCUACCGAGUGUUCAAAACCGUGAACCGCAGGGCGCAUCUGUUCCCCAUGGCAGACAACUACUCGGACUCACUCAUCAGCAAGAAGCAGGUGUCCGUCUGGUGCAGCAAUGACUACCUGGGGAUGAGCCGCCACCCGCGGGUGUGCGGGGCGGUCAUGGACACUUUGAAGCAGCACGGUGCUGGAGCCGGCGGUACUAGAAACAUUUCUGGGACCAGCAAGUUCCACGUGGACCUGGAACGGGAGCUGGCCGACCUCCAUGGGAAGGACGCGGCCCUCUUGUUCUCCUCGUGCUUCGUGGCCAACGACUCUACCCUCUUCACUCUGGCCAGGAUGAUGCCAGGCUGUGAGAUCUACUCGGACUCCGGGAACCACGCCUCCAUGAUCCAGGGCAUCCGGAACAGCCGCGUGCCAAAGUACGUCUUCCGCCACAAUGACGUGGGCCACCUCAGGGAGCUGCUGCAGAGGUCCGACCCCGCAGUCCCCAAGAUCGUGGCCUUUGAGACCGUCCACUCAAUGGAUGGGGCGGUGUGCCCGCUGGAGGAGCUGUGCGACGUGGCCCAUGAGUUCGGCGCCAUCACCUUCGUGGACGAGGUCCAUGCCGUGGGGCUGUACGGGGCCCGAGGUGGCGGGAUCGGCGAUCGGGACGGAGUCAUGCCGAAGAUGGACAUCAUCUCUGGAACACUCGGCAAAGCCUUCGGCUGCGUGGGCGGCUACAUCGCCAGCACCAGCGCGCUGGUCGACACCGUGCGCUCCUACGCGGCCGGCUUCAUCUUCACCACCUCCCUGCCGCCCAUGCUGCUGGCUGGGGCCCUGGAGUCUGUGCGGAUCCUCAAGAGCCCGGAGGGGCGGGCGCUGCGCCGCCAGCACCAGCGCAACGUCAAGCUCCUGCGGCAGAUGCUCAUGGACGCCGGCCUCCCCGUGGUGCACUGCCCCAGUCACAUCAUCCCCGUCCGGGUGGCAGAUGCUGCUAAAAACACAGAAAUCUGUGACGAGCUCAUGAGCAGACACAACAUCUACGUCCAAGCCAUCAAUUACCCUACAGUGCCGCGGGGGGAGGAGCUGCUGCGGAUCGCCCCCACCCCGCACCACACCCCGCAGAUGAUGGACUACUUCCUAGAGAACCUGCUGGCCACCUGGAAGCGAGUGGGGCUGCAGCUGAAGCCGCAUUCCUCGGCCGAGUGCAACUUCUGCCGGAGGCCGCUGCACUUCGAAGCCAUGAGCGAGCGGGAGCGAGCCUUCUUCUCCGGCAUGAGCAAGCUGGUCUCCGCUCAGGCCUGAGCACGCGUGGCCUCGGCCACCCGCCUGUCCCCCACCCUGUUGUACCCACAGAGUCUCCAGGAGUGUCUCUGUGGGUUAAAUUAUAUUAAAUUUUAAUGUAUAGCAAAAGCA